GGGCGCUGCCCUGCCUCCCCCUACCCGGAAGUGGUGAACGGGGCCUGUGGCGGCUGGCGGUGCUGGUCGCCAGCGCUUCACCCACCGGCUGAGACGAUGGGCACUGCAUAUUAAGCAGGGGCGGAAGACUGAAGCCCAUCUGGGGACAGAAUGAGUGUAAAAGAUGCUGAUAGUGCAGUUUGCCAGGCCUAUAAUCUUCAUAUUUACCCCCAACUCUCAACAGAAAGUGCUCCCUGCUGCAAAGUGACAGCAACCAAGGAUAGCACAUCUUCAGAUGUCAUCAAGGAUGUGAUUAAUAUCUUAAACUUGGAUGUCUCGAAACAUUACGUGCUUGUGGAAGUGAAGGAAUCAGGUGGAGAAGAAUGGGUACUUGAUAUAAAUGAUUCUCCUGUCCAUAGGGUUUUACUUUGGCCUCGUCGUGCUCAGGAUGAGCAUCCGCAAAAGGAUGGGUACUACUUUCUUUUGCAAGAAAGGAACACUGAUGGGACCAUCAAAUAUGUCCAGAUGCAGUUGGUUUCCAAGGAGACAGAUGCUCGGCGAUUGGUUGAAAGGGGUUUUCUUCCAUGGUAUAGGGAGGACGUUGAUGACUUGUGCAAUCUCCCCAACUUAACGGAGACAACGCUCCUAGAGAAUCUCAAAUGCCGCUUUCUAAAACACAAAAUUUAUACUUACGCAGGAAGUAUUCUGAUUGCAAUUAACCCCUUCAAGUUCCUGCCCAUUUAUAAUCCUAAAUAUGUCAAGAUGUAUGAGAAUCAUCAGCUUGGGAAGUUGGAGCCUCAUAUUUUUGCCAUUGCUGAUGUGGCUUAUCACACAAUGCUUAAAAAACAUAUUAAUCAGUGCAUCGUUAUAUCAGGUGAAAGUGGGUCUGGGAAAACUCAAAGCACAAACUUCUUAAUUCACUGCCUCACAGCACUGAGCCAGAAAGGGUACGCGAGUGGUGUGGAGAGAACUAUUCUAGGAGCUGGACCAGUUCUGGAGGCAUUUGGAAAUGCAAAAACAGCACAUAACAAUAACUCCAGUCGUUUUGGAAAGUUUAUUCAAGUCAACUAUUUAGAGAAUGGUAUUGUCCGAGGGGCUGUGGUUGAAAAAUACCUGCUUGAAAAAUCUCGUCUGGUUUCUCAAGAAAAAGAUGAAAGGAACUACCAUGUCUUUUAUUACUUGCUACUUGGAGUCAAUGAGGAAGAGCGUAAAGAAUUUCACCUCAAGCAACCUGAAGAUUAUUUCUACCUCAAUCAGCAUAACUUGAAAAUUGAAGAUGGGGAAGAUCUCCGACAUGACUUUGAAAGAUUAAAACAAGCCAUGGAGAUGGUUGGCUUCCUUUCAGCAACAAAAAAACAGAUUUUUUCAAUACUUUCAGCUAUUCUUUAUCUGGGCAAUGUUACGUACAAGAAGAAAGCUACAGGUCGUGAUGAAGGGUUGGAAGUAGGACCUCCUGAAGUGUUGGACAUUCUUUCCCAACUUUUGAAAGUUAAACGAGAAAUUCUAGUAGAAGUGCUAACAAAAAGAAAAACUGUGACUGCUAAUGAUAAGCUUAUUUUGCCGUAUAGUCUCAAUGAGGCAAUAACAGCUCGUGAUUCGAUGGCAAAGUCCUUAUACAGUGCUCUGUUUGAUUGGAUUGUUCUGCGAAUUAAUCAUGCGCUCCUUAAUAAGAAGGACAUGGAGGAAUCUGUUAUGUGUUUGUCCAUUGGUGUACUUGAUAUUUUUGGAUUUGAAGACUUUGAAACCAACAGUUUUGAACAGUUCUGUAUAAAUUAUGCAAAUGAGCAGCUUCAGUAUUAUUUCAAUCAGCAUAUUUUCAAAUUGGAGCAGGAGGAAUAUAAGAGUGAAGGGAUCACUUGGCACAAUAUUGACUAUACUGAUAAUGUGGCCUGCAUUCACUUAAUCAGCAAGAAGCCCACUGGCCUCUUCUAUCUUCUGGAUGAAGAAAGCAAUUUUCCACAUGCCACCAACCAAACUCUGCUUGCAAAAUUCAAACAGCAGCAUGAGGAGAACAAGUUUUUUGUUGGAACCCCGGUGAUGGAGCCAGCUUUUAUUAUUCGACAUUUUGCCGGGAAAGUUAAAUACCAGAUAAAAGAUUUCAGAGAGAAAAAUAUGGAUUACAUGAGACCAGAUAUUGUUGCUUUGCUACGAAGCAGUGACAGUGCUUAUGUUCGGGAGCUGAUAGGAAUGGACCCCGUCGCUGUGUUCCGUUGGGCAGUUUUGCGGGCAGCUAUUCAAGCAAUGGCUGUCUUUGCAGAAGCUGGACGCCAGAGAGCCCAGAAGACUGCAGGAGUGAUACGUCAAGGACCGAGAGUUCCCCUUGGAGAACUCCAGAGAUCAAAUACACCAGUAGAAAAAGUUUAUCGAGACAUGCAUGAACAAAUCAUCGCAAGUAUAAAAGGACUUCCAUGGCAGGGCGAUGAUCCCUGUAAGCUGCUUCGGUCACUCAGUCGGCUUCAACACCGCUCCCACUUCAUGAAAAGUAGAGGUAUCAAACAAAAGCAGAUCAUUCCCAAGAACCUGCUGGAUUCAAAAUCUCUGAAGCUCAUAGUAAGCAUGACUCUGCACGAUCGAACUACAAAAUCCCUCUUGCACCUACACAAAAAGAAGAAACCCCCUAGCAUAAGUGCACAGUUCCAGACUUCGCUUAAUAAGUUACUGGAGGCACUGGGUAAAGCUGAGCCGUUCUUCAUCCGUUGCAUCCGCUCCAAUGCUGAGAAGAAAGAGUUGCUUUUUGAUGAAAACUUGGUGCUUCAACAGUUAAGAUACACUGGCAUGCUAGAAACCGUGCGAAUCAGAAGCUCUGGCUACAGCACGAAAUAUACAUUCCAGGAAUUCAUAGACCAGUUUCAGGUGUUACUGCCCAAAAAUGCAAAAGCCUCCAAGGAAGACAUUUGUGUUCAUUUGAAGAAACUAAAACUGGAUGAGAACUACUAUCAAAUAGGAAUGACCAAGGUCUUUAUGAAAGAGGUUGGCCAGCAAAUACUAAAGGAUACACUACACAAAGAGGUGAUCAGGAAAAUAAUUCUCCUUCAGAGCUGGCUCAGGAUGGUUUUGGAAAGGAGACGCUUUCUCAGAACAAGGCAGGCAGCCAUUGUUUUACAGGCUUGCUGGCGUUCCCGUUGCGUUAGGAUGGCACUGCAGAGGAAUAAUGCUGCCGUUUAUAUUCAGUCAGCAUGGCGAAGAUACAGGGAGCAAAAAUGCUACCUUCAGCAGAAGAGGAGAAUUUGUCUCCUGCAGGCCAUGGUCAGAGGGUAUCUACAGCGUAAGAGAUUUCAAAAAAUGGCUAUAGAAAAGCAGAAAGCUGAAGAAAAGCAGAGAGAAAUGCAGGAAGACCAAGACAGAGAGAAUGAUGUGAGCAAGGAUGAGCAGAGCGAACCAGCAACAGAUCAGUUGCCUGUGAAACAGAAGUCAGAGCUUGAUCAAGCUGUCGGGGACAGAGGUCAAACUCCAGAUGAGCAAGCUGAAGACCUGAGCUCAUCUGAAAAAGCCACAUUACCCCAGAAGAACGUGACAGAGGGCACUGAGAAAGUAACAAACAGCCGGGAGAAACGUGAAUCUCGCCGGCAGAGGGGGCUGGAACAUAACGACUUACAGAAUAAGCAUGUCCUGUUUUCCUUCGAAGGACCAUCUUUACUGUUCAAUGAGGAACAAACAUCAUCUGAGGAGGCCCUGGAAACUGUUCCAGUGCCAAAGAAAUCCACAGCACAAGAUAGUGUCCUUCAAGGAAGCAGUGAGGGAGAGAAAAGUCCAAGUGAAGAAAAAGCUCUUCCAGACAUACCGCCAUCAAGUGAGAUAAAAGAAAGCAGUUCUAUUCCUGAGCAACCACCUGUAUCAGAAGGGGAGAAAGUAGAUGAUAAGGCAGUUGAUAGAAUGAAAACACAAGGGAACCAAAAUAACCAGAUAAAAGGCAGCCAAAGCUUUAACUGCCCUGAAAGGCCGACAAAUCUUGCACUGAAUCUUCAUAAUACGCUUUCUGCUCCUGGGAGCUUACAAUCUCCAGUUGAAUGCUGGGCAGAUAAAAGUAAACAUCUUGCUCAGAAGGCAACCAAAGAUCUGGAUAGUCCCACUUCUUCCCAAAUCCAGAGAUAUGUGGAUGACCCAGAGAAACUAAAGUACAAGAGAGAGAAGUGGAAAGGCAAGAGACAGUCUGAUGCUGGUCAGAAUGAUAUGCUGAGUCAGUCUCUGGAUGGAAGAACACGUGCGGAUAAGUCUCCUCAGGAUCAGCUAGAAAAGAAGGGGAGUUCAUCUUCAUUAAGUGAUCUUUCAACACUCGCCCAAUCCAUUGCCAUGAAUCAGCAGUCACCAGAUACGAUAGAAGAAGAAAAGGGCAACAAGAAAUAUCCUGUGCAAAAGAAGCCCGGUGACCUCUUACCUACCUCAGAUGCAGCUGUUUCCGUGCAGUCAGCAAGUCACCAAGUAGAUGCCAAGUCUGCUUUUAAAAGUCCUUUGCGUAGACUUUUGGGGAAAAAGCCAGACAAGAAAACUCCAAAGGAGAGUCCUGAUGUGACUGAUGAAGGAGAAGGCAUCUCCCUUGUAUCCUGUGUCCUCUUUGCAGAUACAGGAGGAACCCAGAAAGCUUCAGACGCUUCUGGACAGCCAAGUCGCCUCCAGGCAGGGGAGCGCCCUGUGAAAGAGGGCAGUAAAACAAAGAAGAACCGUACUAUAAAAAUCAGCAAGAUCUCAAGUGUGUCUCAGAAUUGGCGAGCUUCCAUGGUCCGUGAGAUUGCAAAUGCCAAUGAACUGAAAGAUCUCGAUGAGUUCCUCCUAAACAAGAUCAAUGACUUACCCUCCCAGAAGUCUGGUGUGGAAUGUUUGUUUUUUGAAGCCACAGAGAAGUUUAGAGGAAACAUCAAGACCAUGUACUCUGCUCCUAAUGGGCAAAUCCAUGUUGGCUACAAAGAUCUGGUGGAAAAUUACCAGCUUCUAGUUACAAAUCUGGCCAAAAAAACGGAAGAGAAAGAAGUGAAGCUGGUUUUGAAUCUCUUCCAAUCGCUUCUGGAUGAAUUCAUCAGAGGAUAUACAAAAAAGGAGGAGUCUGAGCAGCCCAAGCAAACUAAAGCCCAGAAGAAGAAACGAAAACAAGAGCGUGCAAUUGAAGAACACAAUGGCCACGUAUUCACAAACUAUCAAGUGAGCAUACGGCAAUCGUGUGAACACUGCUCGUCCUACAUCUGGCCCAUGGAAAAGGCCUGUCUCUGCAGUGUUUGCAAGUUGACUUGUCACAAGAAAUGCAUGUCCAAAAUCCAGAGCAGCUGUACGUCCUGUGGAAAAAAGAAUGAACAGGACGCAGAACCACGUCAUUUUGGAGUCUGUGUGAGUGCCCUGACCAGCAAGGAGAAUUCGGUCCCCAUUGUCAUGGAGAAGUUGCUAGAGUAUGUGGAGAUGCACGGCCUCUACACAGAAGGCAUUUACAGGAAAUCAGGAUCAGCAAAUCGUAUGAAGGAGCUGAAACAGUUGCUGCAAGCAGAUCCAAACUCAGUGAAACUGGAGAAUUACCCUAUUCACACGAUUACGGGGAUCCUUAAGCAAUGGCUACGGGAAUUACCAGAUCCACUGAUGACAUCUGCGCAGUACCAUGAUUUUCUCCGAGCUGUAGAACUACCAGAAAAACAGGAGCAACUCUGUGCCAUUUACAGUGUCCUUGAACAGCUUCCACAAGCAAAUCAUAAUACCUUGGAGCGACUCAUCUUCCAUCUGGUCAAAGUGGCUUUGAUAGAAGAUGUGAACCGUAUGUCACCCAACGCCUUGGCCAUUGUUUUCGCUCCAUGCCUCUUGCGUUGUCCUGAUACCUCGGACCCUUUAACCAGCAUGAAGGAUGUUUCAAAAACAACCAUGUGUGUAGAGAUGCUCAUAAAGGAACAGAUAAGGAAGUACAAGAAAAAAAUGGAUGAAAUAAAUCAGCUGGAAGCAGCUGAGAGCAUUGCUUUCCGACGACUCUCAUUGCUUCGGCAGAAUACGCUCUGGCCUGUAAAACUUGGCUUUUCUUCCCCUUAUGAGGGGAUGCUGAGUAAAAGCUCACAGGUCAAAGGAAAUGACAGUGGCAACUCAGAACUGGACUCGGUGCAUGAAGAAGAGGAAGUUUCUGAAGCUGAUAACCGGGAAAAGGAGAUUCUCAUUGAUCGCUUACAGUCAAUAAAAGAAGAAAAGGAAGAUAUAACUUACCGGUUACCUGAGCUUGAUCAGCGAGGCUCUGAUGAGGAAAACGUAGACUCUGAGACCUCAGCAAGCACAGAGAGCCUACUUGAGGAUAGGACAGGACGGAUGGAUACCGAAGCAAUUACUGGAUUACACUGCCGUGCUCAGAGCUGCAGCAUGCCUGCCAAAGACAUUUGCAAAGUGCCUUCUCUUUUGCAAACCUCUUCAAAUUCUUCCUCUGCAUCCCUGGCUUCAAGACAGAGAUCAUCUUUAACACUGCCCAAGAUUAAAGUGCCCCGUCGAACUCCAGUGAUGCCAACAGCAAAUAUAAAACUUCCUCCUGGGAUUUUCAAACGGACAGAAUCCCAGGUCACAAUUUCAGCGAAUGAAGAGUCUCAGAUGAUGGUGAGACGAAGGGAGCAGCCAGCAAGGCGAACUGAUAAAAUUCACUCUGUGUACAUUGCACAAGGGUCUGCAACGGCCCACGCUCAGGAACUCUUGGAUGAAUACGAACCCACAGCAAAAGUAAAACGGAGGUUUUCAGACCCUUACUCUCAUGUUCCCUGUAUAGAGAAGUGAAAUGCUUAAGCUGUCUGGACUACUUUGAAAUUGACUGCAGCUUUGGCUUUUAACCCUUCGAAGGCUGUGAAUUCAUUCAUGUUCUUUUAAGUAGCUGCUGGGAACGCAGCUUGGAAAUGUAUAGGACUGUAAGGGUUAAGCAAGGUUGUUUGAAACAAACACUUUUUAAAUUAAAACCCUGCAAAGAAAGUUGAACAUAAAACGUACGUUAAGUAAAAUACGUGGGUUUGAGUGUACAGGGAUAAAACAAGUCCUCCGGUUUCUUCUGUCGUGCCUUUUUCUAUUUGCCUUACAAUAGACUCUAAAGGGCGCAGCACUGAGUUUGGGUCAAUGUGUGCUGUCUUAGUAUUUUUAUAUUUUUAAUGACAACUUUCUGUGCUGUUUACAGUUUUGUUAAAGUUAAGUAGCCUUAACCGAGACCAAAAUGCAUAAAGAUGUUUAUAAAUACAUUGCACUUUUAAAAAAUGUGUUCAUUUGUCAAUGUCUCUCUUACCUAAUGAAUAAUUUCUUUAAAAGG